CACGGAGUUGUCCCGUCGGGAGGAUCACAAUGAAUUCCCGGGGCAAUAUGCGGACUUUGGGAUUUUCCAAGCUGGCUACUCUUCGUCUUCGCAUGACUGAGAUGUUGAUUUUUGCCGCGUUGCUCUGCAAAGUUGUACAGAACCGUGGGGUCACAGGUAUUGUGGAGAGUGCUCAGAAGUUUUCAUCACUUCCGGUCUAUCUACCAGUGAAGUACCAUAUUCAGAAAGCUGAAAGUUCAUUUUUUCUAAAAGAAGCCAACCAGGAAAUCAUGCGCAACAACAGCCUGCAGUUCCGCAUGGAACCCUUUUUCAUCUACGAGGCCAAGACUCCUCCUGUGAUUAAUGUCAGCUAUGGGCCUUAUGCUGCAGAACAAGUCGUGCCCAGAUCUCUCCUGCAACCUUCUAAUCUGUUCAGCAUGGUUGAUAAGUUCACUUUUAACUGGAAAAUCAAAGCAAGUAUCAUUGAUAGCAAAGUUUAUUCCAAUCGACCGAUAGUACAAAUUUUAUUUUACAUCACAGGUCGAGACUGGGAUGAUUACGGUGUUAAUGAAAACCUUCCCUGUAUACGUGUAUAUGCAUUUCGGGAAACGAGGGAAGUCAGAAACAGUUGUCGCCUGAAAGGAGAUCUCGGAUUGUGCAUUGUAGAACUGGAGCUUCUGCCCUCUUGGUUUAAUCCUCCUACCAUAGUACCUGGCCGUAAAAGGAUUACUGAUCCCUCUGAGGGAACACCAGUGGAACUAUAUUACUUGGUGCAGAAUGCUGACGAAGAUAGUGAAUGUGACGCAGAAGACACACGAAAGGACAAUGCUAUUCGGCCGGGCCGUGACGACGCUGAUGAAACACUCCACUCUCUACAGCGUAUUGGUAGUGUUCGGCUACACCAAGGUUCUGGAGACCCACGGCGAACAGAAAUGCGACUGGACAACAACAUCAUCAUCUCGGUGUUACAACGGCCUCUCAAGCAAGGCGAAGUAGUGACUUUUUACGUGUCGCUGUCCAGCAGCUCAAUUGUGAACCAGUUCACGCUGAGGGCAAAAGCCAAAAAAGGUGUGAACAUUGUUAACAUAAGAUCCAGCAUUCCGAAUUUGUGGGAAGUUAAGCAGGAGAUGGGAAAUGGUGGGAAACACUCUAUUGCAACUGUUACUUGCAGGAAGAAACCCGGUGCUUCAAAUAACAGAGCUGAUGGAGCAUCUUAUGAAAUAAUGCAGAUGGACUUUGAAAUGGAUAACUUCAGCAGUCUAUCAGUCACUCGCCGGAUCAUGUGGCAGGUGGAGUAUCCUGGAAAGCCCUCACAGAUAGACCAGGACAAAGCCGUGUCAGAACUGCACGUCAGUCAGAGAGACAUCAUCAAAAUUGUUCCUCUUGCCAUGAGUACUGAAAUCCUCAACACGGCAAUUCUAACUGGCAAAACAGUGGCAGUUCCUGUGAAAGUCAUUGUGGUGGAGGAAGACAGCACUGUAACUGAUGUGUCCGAGUUUGUGGCGUGUAAAUCAUCAGAUCAAAAUGUGCUGAAGGUUUCUGACAGAUGUGACUACAUCCUGGUGAAUGGGAAAGAGAUGCGAGGCAAAGUGAAUGCCAUCGUCAACUUCACUUACGAGCACCUGAGCGCGCCGCUGGAAAUCACUGUGUGGGUGCCUCGGCUUCCCCUUCAGAUUGAAGUGUCCGACACGGAGCUCAGUCAGAUCAAAGGCUGGCGGGUUCCCAUCGUCUCGAGUAAAAGGCCAACACGGGACAGUGAUGAUGAGGAUGAUGAUGAGAAGAAAGGGAAAGGAUGUACCCUUCAGUACCAGCGAGCCAUGGUGAGGGUCCUUACGCAGUUCGUAGCCGAAACCUUGGACCCUGGUGGGCAGCUGGCCUACAUGUUAGGAAAUGACUGGCAGGCCGACAUCACGGACCUGGUGACCGACUUUCUGAAAAUGGACAACCCGCGGGUCGCGAAGCUAGAGGGCGGGAGAAUCCUCAGUGGGCAGGAACUCGGAAUGGCCACGAUUCAGGUGCUGUCGCCCCUUUCUGAUUCUAUCCUGGCUGAGAGAACAAUCACCGUCAUCGAGGAGAAGGUGACUGUCACGGAUCUGGGAGUUCAAGUUGUAGCGGGACUCUCACUCUCCUUCCAGUUGAGUGCAGGCAGCAAUCGUAUCGUCACUGCGAUCGCCACAGCAAAGGAACAGCUUCACACCCCAAAACAGGAGGCAAUAAUCAGUGGUUGGAUCCAUUUCAGUGACAACAGUCUGACUCCGCUGGAUAUUUACGAUCCCAAGGACUAUACCCUCACCGUCACUUCGAGGGAAGAGUCCGUCAUCUCAACGUACCAGGAUUUGCAGUUGCAAUGGCCUGUCAUCACUGUGGUGGGAGAGGGCCAAGGGAACCUGCUGAAAGUCGAGCUAGUCAUCUGUGAGGUCUGCCAGAAAUCCAAGCGGAAGAGCAUCCUGGCGGUGGGAAAUAGCAACAUCGAGGUGAAAUUCGGUCAGAAUAACGUGGGUCCGAAGAGUGGUGGCGCCGACUACGGCGGGAAUGGGGAGCUAGAAAACCGAGCUAGCGACCGGAGGCAGAAGAACGUAGACCAGGAGCGGGCAGGGCAGAAUGGACGGUACUUCAGCAGCGCGACUGCAGACCGCGAGGAGAGCUCAAUGAGGAAAGUGAGCACAACCACCAAAGCUUCCGUCAACAGGAACCAAGGUGGGACCGACCAGCUCUCCGAAGGCGGCAGCCAACUCCAAAACAUUCCACUGGAUGCUGCCAACUUCCCCUCGCAUGACCUCACCAGGAUCUCCGGGGACAGUGAAAGCCUGGACGAAAGUGAUCUGGUGCAGGCCCCAAGAGGUCUGACAGACCUGGAGAUCGGAAUGUACGCUCUGCUGGGUGUUUUUUGCCUGGCUAUUCUUGUCUUUUUAAUUAACUGCGUCAUGUUUGCUUUGAAGUACCGGCACAAGCGAAUUCCCUCGGAGGCCCAAGGAACCAUGAAUCAUUCCCACGACUGGGUUUGGUUGGGGAAUGAGACAGAGCUGCUGGAGAACACCGCUGAUUUAUCCCCACAACAGCUCUGUGAACACACUACGGUAAUAGACAGAGUAGCAGGUUUUGAAGAGAGCAACCAUCUGCUCAAUGGAGGAACCCAGAAGAACAUCCAAGGACAGGUGCAUAGGUCUGCCCUGUCCAGUGACGGGAAGGACCGCAAGGAUGAACCUCUGAACUCCCCAACCACAAAGCGGAAACGGGUAAAGUUUACAACAUUUACUACGAUUCCACCAGACGAUGGAUGUCCCGCGACCAAUUCAGUCCUUCUGGGUAAUGAGGAAGAUAUUAAGUGGGUAUGCCAGGACAUGGGCUUGGGAGACUCGCACGAACUGAGAAAUUACAUGGAAAGAAUACAUGACAAAGUGUAACUGUGUUAUCCAGUCUGUUUUCAUUCUUUGCUCACCUUUAUGCCUUCAGUUUUGAGUAAUUGUGCAGGAAAUCCAGUCAUGAAUGGGACCAGUUUGUGAGAAUGAAAUACACCGGCAGCAAAGCACAGGACUACGCAGGUAUCAGACGAAUCAGCAGACAAAUCAUGAUAGAUAUCUGGCAAAAUCAAAACUCGCAGGAAUUGGGGUGACGUUUGGAAAGACAAUAAAAAGAAGAGGCUAACAGGAAAGGAAUGUGUGCGAGUGUACCAACACAAAUUCAGAAACGCUGAUGGAAAGAAUACAUGGCAGAUUAACCUGGAAAGGGAACGGAGGAAGGUGCACAAUAAACUGAAUGAACGUUAAAAAUGAGCACUCCUGUUCAGCGACUCCUUCCUGAAAGGGAAGGACUGUGGAAGAACACUUCUGAUUGGAUGACACUAUGACUGUAGUCCAUGGGAGCUGGCUCUUAACACAAAUGUCUUAAUGACCAGCUCUAAAUGUAAUCAUUUUAUAUGAUUUUGUUAAUUUUGGACUUCAGUUGUAUUCUCAAUUCUUGAACUCUGUGUAAAAUUUAUGUUAUGUCUUGUUUAUAUUUAGACUUUCAGUUCUUCACGUUAUUAUUUAUGGUGUAGUAAUAAGUCAUACCCACCUUUAUAACUUAGGUGAAAUAUUUUAACAAGGUAUACCUAGAAUGCAUUGUAGAUUACUAGAAUGUAAAAUUUAUUUAUAAAUAUUAUACACAUUGUAAAUAAAAGUUGCUUAAGAUAGCUUGAAAAUUUAGCCCUUUCUGGUUCACAUUGAGUCUUUGAGCUAUAUCUUUCUUCCAUUUGUUUUUAAGGGUAACUGCACUUGAAUGUAGUCGAGGGAAGGUUGCAUCAGCCCAGAGACUACUGUGAGCACAGCAUAAUGAAAAUAAAUGAACCAGGAGGAGGAUUGGCAAUGCUAAUAAAACAAAUGGAUCAGGCAGCUGUACUCCAUCACAACUACGGGGAGAUGUCAGUGUUGGCUUCACACGUGGCUCAUUAAAGCUGUAGGUCACCAGAGUGACAGUCAGCUUUCUAAGCUUACCUGCUUCUCGAUUUUUUCGUGUGUCACUGUCCGCAGCCAUCCACCAGUGAAUUUGUUCGGCAAAGGCACAUCAGUAGGUUCAUGUCGUAAGAGUUGUCAACCUGCUACGUUGUUUGUUUUGAAAGAAGCAGGGUUGAGUCAUAUAGAUGAUCCCGGGAAUUGGGCUAUUAAUAAGAACUUUGAGGACAAAUUGAUGCAGAAAAGCAAUAAGGAACAGUUUAAACAUGAAAAGUACCAGUUCCCUUUAUGAAUUAAGUGAAAGUUCACCAUCAGUUUGAAAGCAAAACAUGAGGGAAUACUUUGUAUGUGUACUAAGGUACCUUACCAGGAAUCGAGGUCAGGGACAUAUCUUCAAACAGUGUAUAAGCCUAAUUAUUUAUAUUCAUACUAUGUACAAACUACGUGUUACAGAUCUGUAAUAUUUACUUGAACCUUUAGUUGCUUAAUUAAGGCAUAACUGUCAGCACUUACUGGCAGAAUAUAUUUUUGAUUAAGGUGUUAAGAAACAAGGUGAGGGGUUUCUAUCAUCAGUGGAGCCAAGUGCAGCCAUGGUCUCUGGUGUGGCAAGGAGCAAUUUUUCAGUUCAGUAUUGCAGUUAAUGCAUUAUUUGUCAUUUUGUGAUUUUUCAACUCACUGAUCUCCUAUGGUAUUGCUAUUUUAUAUUAACGUCUGCAGGGCACAGAAUCCACAUCAGUGAUUUGUUAUGAUUGAUGAAGAUCAACAUCUAUUUACAUCAUGCUUUUUUUAAAGUAAUGUGAUACAUACCUGAAUGGCUUUGAUUUAUAUAUUCCCUUAUUUUCUGUAUUGAUUUUUUUUCUCUCCUUUUCCCCUCAGCAUUAUUAAGGCAGAAGAAGCUGUCUUAAUUUGAGGAGGUAAUUGUAAUCUGAAGGACUGGGGAGACAGGGUAGUUAAUUGCUCAUUAUUUGAAACAAGAUAAGGUGUGAGUGAAUUCUUCCUCUAUUAAUUAUAGGCAGGGUUAGGUAAAUGGGAGAGAAAAGAUUUUGUGCUGCGGUGCUCCUUUGGUGGCAGUCUCAGGAGUGGAUGGGACUGAAGGUGAUGGGCAGAAAGGAUUGGAAUUGAUGGCAAUUGGCAGCAUGUUGUGAGGGAUAUUUAUCUUACCGAGAGAGAAUUUAAAACCCAGCUGAACUGUGGGGUGAUGUGGGUAAUGGGGGAGGACAUGUUGAAGAUGUAAUGUGUGGUUGGGCCAGUAGGACAUUCCUUAGAGAACGGGAAGGGAGGCAGCACAAACCUACAGGAAUGUGGGGACUACUUUCAGCAACUGGGGCAACAGCUCGGCAUAUAAAUAUCAAACAAUUUUAAAAAUAUCCAAAUGACAAUCCUUCAGUUCUUUUUCAGGUAAUUAAGGCAGCGCCAAUCUUUGAUAUUUUUUUUUACUUUAGGAAUUUUAGAACUAUUGAGGGAAAAGAGUCACAUUCCACCCUCUGCAAGUAUUUUGAGUGAAGCAAAACCUUUACUUUAAACUUCGUUGUGUUCCCCUGACUGUUCUCAGUUUGUACUGGUUUUCAGAAAUUCUUCUUGGUGGUUCAGAAGCCAUUUUUCAUGAUUUGAUUCAUGCUGAUCUUUUCCCCUCAGUUCUGGUUUUAUUGACUGAAUGCAAUUGCAAACCUGACCGAAUUGAAUACAGGAAGUGUACAAGCUUUAGAUAUAGAUUGGCUGCUAGAACUGUAAGAGAACAUCAUUGUUGCUGAGAGAGAUCCCUCGGCCAAUAAUGUGAUUUUAGGUUGAAGGCAAUGUGCACCUCAGCCAAGAAAUCCUAACAAUUGAAUAAUUCCGCAAAAGUCUGUAUGAAUUGUGUAUUUUCUUAAUGAGCCUUUCAUUCAGUUAAAAAAAAUGUGAAGCAUGAUGUGUUAAAACAAAAGAAGAAUUCUGGUGUAAUAUACUAAGGAUCUGUGUGCAGCCAGAGUAAAUCCCAUUGCAAAAAUAGCCAGACAGACUUUGAUGGAAUCGAGACUAGAAAUUAAAAUCCAAGAAAUCCACCUUUUUAUGAGUUGCUUGGUGUACUCAGUACACACGGUCUGUGUGUGCCAUAUAAAGGAUAUGUUUUGUUAACAUGACUCAUUGAUUGUGUUUUCAACA